AAACGUGUUCGUGUCCGCGUUCCGUUUUGUUUCAGUUUUCAUUCGUUUUUCGUUUCGUUUCGUUUCGUUACGUUUCGUUUCGUUUUGUUUCGUUCGUUGCCGUUGUUGUUUCGUUACCGUUGCAUUACGCUUUGUGUUCGACGUUCGCCGGCUUUUGGCGCAUGCGUAACCGCCGUCUGUGGUCGUGUCCGUUGUUCUUCCUGCGCAGCGAGCGUUGCAUUGUAUUUUGUGGCAUGUUGCGUGCGUGCGUUCCGUGUAUUGUGUGUCUGAUUUGAAUGGCGUUUUAAGUGAAAUUAAAAUGACGGAUGUGCUGUAAUUUGCACACUCUAUAACAUAGAUAGAUUAUACACCACCAGCACUCACACUCACACUCACACACACACACAAAGAGUGUCAAUAAAUACAACAAAAAAUAGAAAUAGAGAGAGAGAGAGAGAGAGAGAGAAUAUAACGAGCAGCUUGUUGUUGCAUGCAGCAUGUGCCUCUCCAGUUGAUCGAAUUAAGUGCCAGCUAAUGUUCUGCGCUCGCAGCGCCCGCGGGACCGGGACCCGGGACUGCAAUUGACUGCCACACACCGGAUAUGCAAGCGGCGCAACGUUCGUCGAGAGAGAGAGAGAGAGAGAGAAAAGAGUGUAACACCCCCGCCCAGGAAGCUGCAGCAAUAAGUGCUAAUCAGUAGUAACCCAGAACCACGCAGCGGCGCAGGCCCACACCCCGGCCCCGGAUGUAGGGCAAUAAUUGCCAAUUUCAAUUUCCAAGUCCAAUUGGAGAAAAAUCUCGAAAAUUGUGUGUGUGCUUUGUUUUGUUUUUUUUGUGCCAGUCCGCAGUCAUGUCAUGCCCAGGCAACUCGUAAAAUACAAUACGAGUACGAGUACACGAGUUCGAGAGUAUUUCUGGCAAAAAAAAAAUCCAAACUCUGACUCCAAGUAACUCUUGACUGCGCGUCACGCACCGCGAACAGGGAUCGGAGCGGAGCCUCCCUUUCUGCCACUGCCACUGCCACUGCCACUCUCCUUCCUGCACUCUCACAAUGCACAGGCUGGUGCUUCUUCGACUGCUGCUCUGGUGGCCAGCGGCGCUGCGUUGGCUGCCCUCAAGCCGCUCUUUUGGCAACAAUCCCCCCUGCCACUGUUGAUAAAAGGGGGAUCCCAACACACAAACACACACAGAGACAGAGAGAAAGAAUCGAAAAAGGGGGUAAAACUGCCAGCAAAAAGAGUAUCAGACAGAGACAGAGACAGAGACAGUCUUAGUGUAAAGGUGCGUUGCACUUCCGCGCUCUUGCUCGUUGCCUUUUUGUUGUCAUUGAUUCCGCGGAUAGCAUGCGGCAGGGGCAGCGAACGGCAACAGCUGCUGCGACAAUACUACGAGACGACGAGACGAGCCACAAUAGUUGCAGCGAUUAUUUCGAGCAUCCGCCUUCCACUGCUGCUCGCCCGCCUCCACCGUCUCCACCGUCUCCACCGCUCCUACUUGCCACCGCUGUAGUUGUUGCUGCUGUCUUCCGUAACGUGGCCAGAACGUUGCCGGGCAAUUAUUAUUUUGUAAGACGUUUUACAAUUUAAUGGUUUUCAUGAAUGGACUUGGAUCCGACCCUCUGUCAGCAAAGGAGGCAGAGGGCCCUCCGGUUCAGGUUGAACCAGUUGAUUUGAGCCUACGUUCGCCGCGCGCGAGCACUUCGCAUGGGAGCAGCGGCAGCAGUGGCAGUGGCAGCGGCAGUUGUAAAUCCUCAUCGACCACCAAAGCAGUCCAUGGCAGCAGCAGCAGCAGCAGCAGCAGCAUCAACUACAGCAAUGGCAAACAGACUGGAUCAUCCUCAUCCGCGUCCAGCUAUGCGGCCGGUGCCUCGUCGUUGGGGGCCUUUGGCCGUCAGCAUCAGCAUCAGCAGCCCACUCAGCAACAACUUUAUGCCUCCGGUGUGUCCAAGUUGCCAUUCUCGCCAUUCUUUGCCGCAUCGCCGUUCUUCUUCACCUACCGCCGGAUUAGCGGUGGAGCUGGCGCCGGUGCUGGUGCUGGUGCUGGUGCUGGUGCCGGAAGCGGCAAGCAGGAGGACAACAACAACAGCUGCAGCUACAACAAUGGCAGCAGCGGCGGCAGCAGCAACAACUCAUCCUCGCUCAUGCAGGACUACGACCGCAAGUUCAGCCUGUUGAGCCUCUUCAAGAAUCCGUACAAGUUCAGCGAUGGGCAAACGGCGCGAAAGACCUCACCGACGGGCGGCAGUGGCAGCAAGUCGGCGGUGGGUGCCACCGCCUGCUCCUCCUCAUCCUCCGCCGCCAGCUGGAAGAGCUACGCGGGCUCGGGGUCACCGCACGCUGCCCUCAAUCCGGCCUUUGGUGGCAUGGCUCUGGGCGCCACACGCAAGGACAACAGCAGCUUCAGCGGCAUCAAUUUUGGCAGCGGAGCAUCCUCCUUUGCUCGGUCCACCUGCUCCGAUGCGACGGCCAAUGGCGGCGGCUACAAUGAUCUCUCCAAGAACCGCAAGGUACACAAAUGCGACACCGAAGGCUGCGACAAGGUCUACACCAAAAGCUCGCACCUCAAGGCGCACAAGCGAACGCAUACGGGUGAGAAGCCGUAUGUGUGCACCUGGGAGGGCUGCAUCUGGCGCUUUGCCCGCUCCGAUGAGCUGACCCGACACUACCGCAAGCACACGGGCGUAAAGCCGUUCCGCUGUCAGCUGUGCACGCGGAGCUUCAGCCGCUCCGAUCAUCUGUCGCUGCACAUGCGCCGACACUGAGCAGCAGGAGGAGCAGCGGAGGACUGUGAGGACUGUGACUGCCGAUCUGGCCAUACAUACACAAACAUAUCUACAUAUCUAUAUAGACGCCGAGAAUACUCAUCGAAGAUGCUGACUACUCGCUCUUGACUACUCGUAUUUAUAUUCUUCCCAUUCAUUGUUCAUGCAUUGAGACCAGAUUUUCACAUAUAUUAACUUAAGUAAUUGCCUAAGUAGCUCAAUUUAGUGUUAGGCGGGCUCAAAGCCUCAAUCUACUUAUAGGCUAUCCAUAGUGCUAGAGCUGAAGAAUUUGUAAAAUUCGUUCACACAUUUCGCAGAAAGAGAACAAAACGCCCAGAGACAAUUGCCUUCAGAAGCCAAGUUACGAAUGGAUUUAAACAAAACCUACUAAUCGUACAUUAAACAUUAUAUACUCGUAGCAGCUAUAUACAUAUACAUACAGUUUAUAUACAUACAUACAUUAUAUAUUUGUAGUACAGUUAGUUUUUUUGGAUUGGUGCUAGCAACUUGCGUGUAUAUAUAUACAUUCAUACACUUACAUUUCUACUCUGUUAAGACAAAUUUUAACUAAUUUUAGAUGACAUUUUUUAUUGGUUAUUAAGUAGAAAAUUUUAUACGAAAACGACACAAAAGAGGCACAAAAAAAAAACCAGAAGAAACAGCAGAAGCAGAAGCCAAGCAAAGCAAAGCAAUAUUCUAAUUUAUAUAAAUAGAAAUUCUCUCAUUUAUAGGAUACAUUAUAUACAUUUUGUACUAUACGCAUAUGAUAUACGAUAGUUAAUGGACAAGAACAAAGCUCUGAGGUGGAUAGCUAAUGGUGGAUGGAAGGGUGGAGCAGAUGCAGGGAUGCAGAUACAUUCCUUGCUAAACUAUUUCGUAGACCCAUGCAUUACAAACUUAUUGUUAGAUUCAAGAACGCUUCUUUUGGCAUCAACUUUUGUAUAUCUCUUCUACACUCUAGACUUAUUGAACGCACUGUAUUCCCUGGCUAAAAGCAGCAGCUUUCUGCAUGCCGCAUACCCAACUGUCAUCAUAGAUUUAGCUCCACACACGCACACACAAAAGCAAAACAAAUUGUAUUAUUUUUUGUAAUAAAA